UGGAUGUAUUUUUAUCUCCAACCCUCCAGCCGCUGUCGGUGAACGUCUCCUCCCUGGCUGUGGCAGAAAACAUGGCCGACCUGAUCGACGGCUACUGUCGGCUGGAGAGGAACUCUGCAAACUCGCUCAUUAUUAAACCCAGCAAAGGUAGAGAGGCAAGACAUAAAUUACCUGACAUCCCAAAACGUGGCAGUCCCAGUGUAUCUAAUAAAGGUUCGGACAUUUAUGCUGAGAUUCCAGAUGGGAAAGAAGACUCUAGCGAGAAGCACAGCAUCUCCAGAGACGACAUUGUUUUGGGGCGGAUCCUGGGAGAGGGAUUCUUCGGAGAGGUUCACGAUGGAGUUUAUAAAAGCCCCAGCGGAGAGAGGAUCCAUGUUGCUGUGAAAACCUGUAAAGACUGUUCUGCUGAAGUGAAGGAGAAGUUUCUCAGUGAAGCUGACUUGAUGAAAAAUCUGGAUCAUCCCCACAUUGUGAGUCUAAUCGGAGUCAUUGAGGUGGAUCCCGUGUGGAUCGUCAUGGAGCUCCUCGAACACGGAGAG